AUGUCUCUCUUCCGAACCAUCCCUACCGGUAGCGACUUCGGUCCUCUCUUCCGUCUCCUAGACGACUAUGACGUCCACCGCUCCUCUCGCAGCCAAACCUCCGUGCGCUCCUUCGCGCCUCGUUUCGACGUCCGCGAAUCCUCCGAUGCCUACCACCUUGACGGCGAACUGCCCGGUAUCGCCCAGAAGGACGUCGACAUUGAAUUCUCCGACCCGCAGACCCUCGUGAUCAAGGGCCGCUCUGAGCGCGAAUACCACACCCCCGAAGCCGGCGAGGGUGACAACGAGCCCGCCCAGGGUGAAAGCACCGAAGUCACCCAGACCGGCGAGAAACAGGUCUCCAAGUCCGAGGGCAAGCCCCGCUUCUGGGUCAGCGAGCGCUCUGUUGGCGAAUUCCACCGCACCUUCUCCUUCCCCAGCCAUGUCGACCAGGAGAAGGUCAAGGCCAGCCUGAAGAACGGCAUUCUGUCUGUGGUUGUUCCCAAGGCUACGCCCCCGUCUUCGAAGAAGAUCACGGUCGAGUAA